AUGGUGAGAGUAUAUGUUUCAUUUAGACCAAGGUUUAAGCUGUCAGUGACAGUAAUUGUAGCUGUAACAUCUAGGUUUUUGCGGUCCAACGACUGCAUUGCCUCUGCCAACAACCACAUUGUCUGCAAUAUCAAGGAUCACGACAAAACUGCAACCACAACCACGAUCACAAGUACUGAACAUGAGAAGUUUGGUUUUGAGUUUGGAAGCUUGCGUCCUAUGAAAUAUGAGCAAAUAGCAGAAUUGCUGAAUGGCAUUGCCGAGAGAUUUGACUGGGAUAAAAUAAUGGAAGAUGAUAAAAUUAUUGGACUGAAACGUGUUUGUGAAGUGUCUUUGAGAAUGGGAAACAAACACAGAGGAAAUGUGACUGAAGUGAAGUGA